UUUUCCUCUGGGGAAUCCGGGUAGCUGAAGUAAGCGAAAGUUCAGCAGGACAGGAGCUUCGGCGGAGGAAUUAAGUCAAUAUGCCCCGAGGAAGAUCAGCAGUUAGCGUUCACUCUGACGCCAGUGACUUGGACAUUGAUGCACUGGCAGAGACAGAGAUGCGCAAACUUCAGAGACAGUUUCGCAUUAUGGAAGGUGACCGGCAGGCUCACAGCAUCCAAUCUCAGGAGCUUAUUCGCAAACAGCGUUUAGAGAUAGAGAAGCUGCGAGAGGAGCAGGAGGAGCUGCAGAAGAAAUUAAAUGCCUCGGAAAGCCACGCACGUAAGAUAAGUGACAGUCAUGAUGCCCAGCAGCUCCGGACCCUUCUGAGUCGGUUUGAUCAGCUCAAGGAAGAGCUGGAGAGAGAGAGAAUCAGUCAGGCAGAGCUCAAGCAAGAGAUCCAGGAUUUUAAGAAAAAUCUGUCUGAACAGAAAAAAGGAGAGGUCAGUGCCUUUGAUAGCCAGAAGUAUCAGUCACAGCUCACGCAAAAGGCCUCUCGCACCUUGGAAAAUAAGUUGGAUCGGGCCUUGGUUUGCUUUAAUGAGCAGAUGGCAAAAAACAGUCAGCUGAGAGAGGAACUUGAGAUGCUGCGAAUUGAGCGUGUUCGUUUCCAACAACUGUACAGCAAGCUGGACAAGGAGCUCCAGGAAAUCCGGCGGAAGAUUGGUGAUGUUAUCAGUAUAUCCACAGCAGCUUAUGAUGCCAGAGUGGAGGCCCAGGCAAAGAUGACAAUGAUGAAGGAGAAGGCAGUGAAGGAUCUGGCUCAGUACAACGCUGAGAUGAAAGAGCUGGAAAGAAUCAUUGCAUAUGAUCUGCGCCUUAAAGACUUCAUGACCACCAAAUGCAACGAGAGAUCAGAACUAGACGAUGCUCAGAACCUCAGUUACAGACAAGAAAUGAGAGAGCAGCGGAGGACAGAUUCUGGAGAAGAAACUGUAGAGACUCUUGAGGAAGUUUUCCAAAUGAUUCAGAAGGAGACAGGCGAGGAUGAUUUGGAAAUUCUAGUUACCAGAUUUAUUCAGGUUGAGGACAAGAACUUUGCUUUAUUUAAUUAUGUGAAUGAGCAAAACACACAAGCUGAGGCUUUACAAGAUGAAAUCAAACAGAUCAAAGAGGACAUAGAGAAAUUCCGGUUGGAUGGAUUGCAGCAAGAACAGGAGCACAAGGCCACCCUCAGGCAUGUGGAAGAACAGCAGAAAGAAGCUGAAGCUCAGGCUCUAGAGUAUGAGGCCCAGACCGAGGAAAUAAACAAGAUCCUGGAUCAAAUUAAGACAGGAGUGAGCAGCUUAUUUAACAAGAUUUAUUAUGAACGUGCGGUAGUGGAAGAUUUGCUGGGAUCUUCAUCUGGGAUCAGGGACACCAACAUUAUGACAUAUCUCAGUCUGGUGGAGCAGAAGACCAAUAGCCUGCUCACCAUGCAGGCUAUUAUCAACUCCAAGAAUCUGGAGAAGGACUGUGAUCCGAAGUUGGUGGCUCAGUUUUUGCUUGGGCAAAGUCCAGAUUUGCAAAAUCAAUCUCCUGUAAUUCAGCUUCCUGUUACUGUGGAUGACUAUGAUCCUGAGGAGUUGCUCCCAGAUGAAGAAGACCGUCCUUUAACCCAGGAGGAACUGCGCCUGCGCAUUAUGAAUGGGGUUCUGCGUAAAGAGGAGGCAUUACAUGCUGAGAUGGCCAGAGAGGCCAGGUUUACUAAGCUCAGUGCUCUGUCCAGCCACAGACAGCAUCCACUAGAAGCCACCCUCUAAAAAGAAAUAAACUCAUUUAACAUAAACAGUAAUAAGUAGUACUAAUUAGUAGUCAAAUAUAUAAUUUGAUGGUUUCCCUUAUAAACAUAUUCGUGAACUGUCGAUGUGUACCCCAGUCACCCUUGCUAAAUAAAAACCUGAAAAGCC